GCUUUGCUUCUCUGGCUCCUCUCUGCAUCCUCCCCACCCUGCCAACAACAUGCACCUUGCCAGUUUGCUCAGCUCCUGCUCCCUCCUACUGCUCUGGGGGGCCCUUCCUGGAUGGGCGGCCAGUGAUGACCCCAUUGAGAAGGUCAUUGAAGGAAUCAACCGAGGGCUGAGCAAUGCAGAGAGAGAGGUGGGCAAGGCCCUGGAAGGCAUCAAUAAUGGAAUCACUCAUGCUGGAAGGGAAGUGGAGAAAGUUUUUAAUGGACUUAGCCACAUGGGGAGCCAAGCUGGCAAGGAGCUGGACAAGGGCGUCCAGGGGCUCAACAACGGCUUGGACAAGGUAGCCCAUGGGAUCAACAAUGGCAUCGGACAAGCAGGAAAGGAAGCAGAGAAGUUUGUCCAUGGGGUCAACAACGCUGCUGGACAGGUUGGGAAGGAGGCAGACAAAGUGAUUCAGGGGGUCCAUCAUGGAGUCAACCAGGCGGGAAGCGAGGCAGGGAGGUUUGGCCAGGGGGUCCACCAAACUGCUGGGCAGGCUGGGAAUGAGGCGGGGAGGUUUGGCCAGGGGGCCCAUCAUGGGGUUAACCAGGCUGGGAAGGAGGCAGAGAAGUUUGGUCAGGGGAUCCAUCAUGGGGUCAACCAGGCUGGGAAGGAGGCAGAGAAGCUUGGUCAGGGGAUCCAUCAUGGGGUCAACCAGGCUGGGAAGGAGGCAGAGAAGUUUGGUCAGGGGAUCCAUCAUGGGGUCAACCAGGCUGGGAAGGAGGCAGAGAAGUUUGGUCAGGGGAUCCAUCAUGGGGUCAACCAGGCUGGGAAGGAGGCAGAGAAGUUUGGUCAGGGGAUCCAUCAUGGGGUCAACCAGGCUGGGAAGGAGGCAGAGAAGUUUGGUCAGGGGAUCCAUCAUGGGGUCAACCAGGCUGGGAAGGAGGCAGAGAAGUUUGGUCAGGGGAUCCAUCAUGGGGUCAACCAGGCUGGGAAGGAGGCAGAGAAGUUUGGUCAGGGCAUCCAUCAUGGGGUCAACCAGGCUGGGAAGGAGGCAGAGAAGUUUGGUCAGGGGAUGCAUCAUGGGGUCAACCAGGCUGGGAAGGAGGCAGAGAAGCUUGGUCAGGGGAUCCAUCAUGGGGUCAACCAGGCUGGGAAGGAGGCAGAGAAGCUUGGUCAGGGGAUCCAUCAUGGGGUCAACCAGGCUGGGAAGGAGGCAGAGAAGUUUGGUCAGGGCAUCCAUCAUGGGGUCAACCAGGCUGGGAAGGAGGCAGAGAAGCUUGGUCAGGGGAUCCAUCAUGGGGUCAACCAGGCUGGGAAGGAGGCAGAGAAGUUUGGUCAGGGCAUCCAUCAUGGGGUCAACCAGGCUGGGAAGGAGGCAGAGAAGUUUGGUCAGGGGAUGCAUCAUGGGGUCAACCAGGCUGGGAAGGAGGCAGAGAAGUUUGGUCAGGGGGUACACCAUGGGGUUAGCCAGGCUGGGAAGGAGGCAGAGAAGUUUGGUCACGAUGUUCAUUAUGUUGCAGGGCAGGCUGGGGGAGAGGGAGACAAAAUAGUCCAAGGGGUCCAUCCUGGAGUCAACCAGGCUGGGAAGGAGGUGGAGCAGUUUGGCCAGGGAGUCCACCAUGGGGCUAAUGAGGCCUGGAAGGAGGCAGAGAGGUUUGGCCAGGAGGCCAACUACGCUGCAGGACAGGGUGGGAAAGAGGGAGAGAAAGUGGUCCCAGGGGUCCACCAGGGAGUCAACCAGGCUGGGAAGGAGGUGGAGCACUUUGGCCAGGGUGUUCACCAUGCCGUUGAACAGGCCGGAAAGGAGGCAGACAAAGUGGUCCAAGGGGUCCACGAUGGGGUCAACCAGGCCGGGAAGGAGGCAGAGAAAUUUGGUCAAGGGGUCAACCACGCUGCCGGCCAGGCUGGAAAGGAAGCGGAGAAACUUGGCCAAGGUGUCCACCAUGCUGCUGGCCAGGCCGGGAAGGAGGUGGACAGGUUGCAGCAGAAUGUUCAUAAUGGGGUCAACCAAGCCGGCAAGGAGGCCAACAAGCUGCUGAAUGGCACUCAUCCAGGCGUUUCCACCGGCCAGCACGGAGGGGGCGCAACCACAACAUUAACAUCUGGAGCCUCGGUCAACAAGGCCUUCCUCAACUUUCCAGCUCUGUGGCAGAGCGUCAUCGCCAUCAUUCCCUAAACUGAUGCACUGGCCUUACUCAGCAGACUGACUUUCCUGUUGUCAUACUAGCUGACAGGACCUGGAGGAGCUGGGGGUGGGGGGACAGAUUUCCUGAGUCUCGCAAGGGGUCUGUACUGGGAUUUGUGAAUAAAUACGACGCGCUUUUACUCUCA